CAGUAAUCUUCGUCUCUUGUCGAUGCACCACUACAUACGAAGAAAUGGCACAUCUCUCUCCCUCAGCGAUCUUUUCCCCGUCAGUGGCACGACAGCAAUUGGCAGCCGCAAAAGAUUGGAAUUAUGUUGAUAGCUGGCUGUCCACCAAGUUCCUGGGCAAAACCCCACCGCCGUUUGAGCGAAACAACGAGACUUUGAAAGCACUGCUCUCCCUCGCUGCUGUUAACGAGAGUGCCGAUGAGGAACGCGAUCUACUGGCCAAAGUCGAGGCGAAGGCACUCCAAGACCUGCAGGCAAAAGAAGAGACAGACCCGAAUGCGGAGUUAGUCACCUCCAUCGAAGAAUCCUUACCGCGAGAAGGGCAAACCAGCCUUGAAGCUCUUUCCCAUGCAAGUGUUGCGUUGAAGCAACCGAUACCAGACAUUGAGAGGCUAGGACGAAGUAUUCUUGAUCUGCAGGUUACCUCCUACGACCUGGAGCAGACUACUGAUCGCAUUGCUAUCCUCGAAUCUCAUUUGAACUCGGAACUCCAGGUUAUCAACACCCUCAUAAGAGACUUGCAAAGCGAGGCCUAUCAACCUCCCUCGAAUCUAUCGAAGCAGACGAUCGAAUAUCAGCGAAAAGCAAAGACUUUAGCAUCGAAGUUACCAGAACUUCGAGACCGCACAUCGUCUCUCGUUACAUCGGCGGGGACACCGAAGAUUACGAUACAAGAUGUUAAAGCGGAGGAGGACAAGUUCAAAGCAUUGAUGGUCAUUGUGAAGGAUCUCGAAGCACAGAUCAAGAGUUAUCAUGGUCUUCCGCAAGAUACAGAUUUGGCUAGGCUAGAAUUAGAACGCCUUAGGGUUGAGCUUCGAGAUUUGACACUUGAAAGAGAUGCCAUGUUCGAGGGUUUAGUGGAACGAGAAAGUCCGAAGAAAACUAGGACUUGA